AUGGACCUGCUGGGCAUUGUUAUCGUCACUGUGGGCACUUUCAUCCCGGGCAUCUAUUAUAUCUUCUUCUGUGAACUGGCCUUGCGGAGAUUUCACUGGUUUAUUGUUAUAACCUCGGGAUCUGGUAAGAAUCGGAGCCGAUUCGGUCUUGAAUACAUGCUCAACUAUCUACUUGAACUGUGUGUAUAUAGCAGCGGUGUUUUUCUUUAUGCGUUUCGAAUCGCCGAGCGCUUCGCGCCUGGCCGAUUCGACAUAUGGGGCAGCUCACACGAGAUCUUUCAUGUCUUCAUAUUAUGUGCCAUGUAUAUACAGACAUAUAGUCUGAUGCAAGCUUUCACAGCGUGCCAUAUACUGGAAAUAUGCGGCAUUCAGCAGGCUGCGCAUCAAUUGCGUUGA